AUGGAGAGAGCGGGGCGGCGCGGCCGGACCGAGGGGCGUCCCGCCCGGGGGCUGCUGCUGCCCCCCGGCCUCCUCCUCCUUCUGCUCCUCCUGGCAGAAGAUUGUCUGGCUCAGUGUGAUAAUGACUGCAAAGCUUACUGCUGUGAUGGGACUACUCCCUACUGCUGUUCGUAUUAUGCCUACAUUGGGAAUGUCCUUUCAGGCACAGCAAUAGCUGGAAUUGUUUUUGGCAUAGUGUUUAUAAUGGGAGUGAUAGCUGGGAUUGCCAUCUGUAUCUGCAUGUGCAUGAAGAGCAACCGUGGGACUCGAGUAGGGGUCAUCCGGACCACGCACAUCAACACCAUCAGCACAUACCCAGUGGCUCCACCACCAUACAGUUAUGAAUUCGAAAUGGAGUACCCAGCUGACCUACCUCCACCUUAUACUCCAACCCCACAGACUUCGAUACAGUAUCCCCCACCCCCUCCAUACCCUGGAUAUUCAGGGAAAUAGUUACAUGUCUUCACAUGGAUAUUGAGUGCAUGUUGCAACAGCCAGCACUGUUGGGACAAUGUUACCGGCUCAGGGACAAAAUAGGGUGGGGUGUGCAUGGACAUGUAUGGCCCGGCAUUGGAAUAACCUGGAAAGGCUGCCAUGGCUCAGGAUGAAGAAAAAUCCUGUCCACUGUGGACCGUCAUGUUUCGUGACUAAACAAUGCAUGACCAAAGAAACAGUUCCUGUAAGUUAGUGUCUGCUGAGUAGUGCUCAGCAUCAGUCUUACCUUCAGCUGCAGCACGUGGGAGUGGGGCUUUUCCCAUGUGGGAACAUGCAAGUGGUGCAAAUGGUUCAGCAGGCUGUUUCAAAAGCACAAGAGGCAGCUGCUGGGGCUUAUUUUGGGGGGAAAAUUCCAUCUGUUUUCUUGAAGUAACCACUAUGCCUUCCUGGAAACAAGGGGAAUAAGGAAGAACAAGGAAUACUGAAGCUGUUUUCAUUUCCCACUUCCAGCUGAUAAUACCCAAUGAUCACUGUGCAUAUUGGUCUGAUAAGCAUGUUACAAGGAGAAGUGCUGUUGAACCUAUGCAAUAACUAAAAAAUGAUGGGUAUUAUUUUUGGCCAAGAGCAGGUUGUUUAAAUUGCCAACAGUUUGAGACUAGUUUGUAAACUAAAGUGUUAACAUAAAGAGCAUUUUUGUAUGUUGAAUACACUAAUUUAUAGCUGAUUUGCUUUUGCCUGGACUUAAAUACCCUUUACAUUGGAAAUAUGCUACAAUACCUUUUUUAUCAGCAAAUGAUACGUGGAUUUUAUUAUAAAAAUACUGAAUGGCAAAACUCAAAAGUGAUAGAAGAAAUGCAAACCAAAUAUUAAAACAUCUUAGGUUUGUCUUCAAUUGAAUUGCAUAAAGGCUAUUUUUUUUUUAAAUCAUAUUGUUUACCAGUAAUAAGGAUAUUCAUACUUCAGGCCAAAGAGAUGAGCAUAGAGACUGUGAGGAUCUUGUUAGUUUUUAAUGUUUUCUUGGGCAUUUUAAAACUCUAGGUCACUAAGUAAUACUUUUUGCAUUUGUCAUGCAUAUUGUUCAAAAUUACCUAUUCUUUGCUAUAUACAGUUCAGACCUUUAUGAUUUAAAAUGUUGCAUGUCCUUAGGAGGCUAACUGUAAUUCAGCAAAGAAUAUUCCACUGCCUAAAGCAUCAUCCUUCAGUGGUAAGACUGUUAUUUUUCCUCAGAUUUAUAUGCAAACUACAAAGGCAGUGCAGGGGUUUAAAAGUGCUGAAUGUCCUCAGUUUGAAUUGGGUGUCUGGGCAGUUUGAGAAAGCUACAGCCAAAAAUACAGUACCUAGAGUUCAGGACAGCUAUGACAUCAGGUCCAUCUCAGAGGGAGAGACUGCAGGUUACUGCUGAUUCCUGGAGAUCAGAAUGCAUUUAAAUGUUUUCCAGUGUAGCCCUCAUCUUAUUUUCAGGUGUAUCCAUGUAGUAAUGAAUAAAAACGCAGCUUGCAAAACAUGGUAUCAUAUCCCAGUGAAGUCAACUGACAACCCCUCAUUACCCCCCAAGUCUGAUACUUUUGGCGUUCAGUCCUCGUUCAGGGAAGAACUCAAGCAACAUUUAACUUUGUGUAUACAAGUUAUUCAAAGGCAUUCUCGAAACAAGACCUUACUGACUGUUCUUGCUCAGAUUUUGCAGUUCUGUCUACUUGUCCUUUGCAGGCUGACUAAACUUAUCCCCUUGAAACCCCGCUUAGAAGCACAAAUGGCCUCAGUCCUCACCAGUGUAAGUUCAGAAGAUCUGUGUUGUGGCCCUUGGCCGAACUGAGCCAUGGGUCAUCAGCCCAUUAGCUACCAAGGCAUUUGUGACCCAGUCAGAGGAAAACUGAACUGCGUCCCAGGUUUUUGGUUGCUGCUGGUUAACGAGAGUUCAAUUCUCAUUUCUGUUUUGUUGUUCAGAGGUGACAAGUCCUGAACUGGCUUAUCCUUAAAAUUACUUCUGCUCUGUGACGUCUCCUGUGACAUUUCAGCUGUUGCCCUGACCGCUCAAGAGAUCCCAGUUGAAAUCCUCCCAUGAAGGGGGCAACCUUCUGUGUGUGGUGUUUUGGCAGUCCCUACUCAAAACCGUCUGCUGCUGUUGAUGUGCCUGCCAACAUGGUGA